CAACUGUCGACCUCGUUUCUGUCGGCAAAGCAAAACACUGCGCGGCGGCAAUACCGCGUGGAAUUCUAUCUGCGAAGUGGCUCCAGUGCUUUGCGAACCAGCGGUGGCAACACAAGGGGUACAACAGGUGGUUGAUCAUACCCGUGCGUCGUUUAGCGAUAAGUUUGAGAUGUAGUAUCCGGCAUGGGGGACCAAAACGCGUCGGUAAUGGAGUGUUUAGAAGCGAAUUUGGGACCGCAGAGAGGGUCUCUCUACAUCGUGGUGCCGGUCAUAGUGAUUUAUUCGGUGAUUUUUCUCACUGGGGUGGUGGGUAACAUAAGCACUUGCAUAGUUAUUUCAAGGAACAAAUCCAUGCACACGGCAACUAACUAUUACCUGUUCAGCCUGGCAGUUUCGGACCUGCUCUUGCUGCUUUUCGGACUUCCUCAGGAGGUCUACCUUAUCUGGUCCAGGUAUCCUUACAUCUUCGGAGCUACCUUCUGUUUCCUCAGAGGUUUAUUCGCUGAGAUCUCCUCCAACGCUACAGUCUCUAUCAUAACAGCGUUCACCGUGGAGAGGUACUUGGCAAUAUGCCAUCCUCUGAGGUCUCACAUGAUGUCCAAGUUGUCUAGAGCUGUGAGAAUCAUUUUUGGCAUAUGGUUCUUCUCUGUGUUCUUGGCCGUGCCACAGGCUAUGCAAUUUGGGAUAGUGGACCAUGGGAAUUGUGAGGUUUGCCAGCUAAUAGAGCCAAUGAUUGAACACUCUUUCGAAGUGAGUUCUCUGGUGUUUUUUAUUGCACCAAUGACUGUUAUAUCAGUGCUGUAUAUAUUAAUCGGAUUGAAGCUUCAUCAAUCCAAGAUUAUGAGAAGGAAGAAUGUGAGUAUCACUGGACAUAGGAAUUCAUCCAGGAAGAUCAUAAAGAUGCUUGUGGCCGUUGUUGUUGCAUUCUUCAUCUGCUGGGCUCCGUUCCAUUUUCAAAGACUGUUUACGAUAUAUUCCGGAGAUCUGUCCAACGAGGAAACUUACAAUCUUCAUCUCAAGAUCUACGAAGUUGUCACCUACGUCAGUGGCAUCUUAUACUAUUUGUCUGCUACAAUAAAUCCUAUAUUAUACAACAUAAUGUCUGUCAAGUUCAGGGAAGCUUUCAAGGAAACUUUCUCCAGAUGCUGUCAUCUGUCGUGUUUCAAGUCGAGGCGACCGCAACGGUCCUACAUCGUCCUUUCUCGUUCUGUUCCAAUAAGGGGCGAACAAGCCAGUGGUAGCGCCAGCAGUAGUGGGGGUAAAGGUCCAUCUGUCGAAAUCAAAGAUGAGCCAACGUCACAAACCAGCACAUCUCUGUCAAGGCGGGGCUUAUCAAAGUCUAGUUCAGAUCAAAGCUUUGGCAUUAGGUCAAAGCCUAUCACAUUCAAAGAAAAAAGAUCAAGGCAGUUAUCCGUCGACACCCUCGAAUCGCCUGAGGCCAAAUCCCCCUCCACUUACGAAAUGAAGACUUGCGUCAGAUCAAUGGAGAUGAUGUCAAAAGAGCAGUCGAACGUUUCGGAAUGUUGCGGUUUGUUUCUAAAUAAAAACAAGGAGAAUCACAAGGUUCAGAGGAGGUAUUCCGCUCACUACACCCCUGCUUUCCUGGAGGAGAUCGCCUUCCGCAAUUCGAAGAACGCGGAAGCUGAUAGUCCAUGUCACAUCAGCAACUCGAGUUUGAGAGACGUGGAAAGAGACGUCUUGGAAGACGAACUGACGGCUUAUAUGAAGGAGAUACAGAGGAGAGAACAGACUUUAUAUGGCGUGAAUAGGUGACAUAGGGAAUCUCGUCAUUGAGGAGAGAAGAUCUCAUAUCUAUGGUUGUGGCAGAUGCGUUUCAGGCAUUCCCAGCCAAUUUCAAAGGUCGUGGUAUUUCAUCCUGGGAUCACCGAUGUAAUCAUCAGUUUGGCACACAGUGAUCCCUGCCACAUACACCAACCAACCUAUUAGUGGAGCAUGGUAACUUUACCUUAAGACGGUUGGUUCAUAUCCCAAGCGGUUUCGGUUUUGCAGAGAUGCGCAGGACACGAAACCAACUCUUGGGCAAGCAA